AUGUACGCAAUUCUCCUUUCAACGGCGGGUAUUUCACUUCUGCUCGCAUAUUUUAUCCUUUGGCCUAUCAUCAUAUACUUCAAAGACCCCAAAGGACUAAGAAAAUUCCCCGUCCUUCACCCCCUGGCCGGUUUCACAAACUUGAUCUUUGUCGGAGAGGCACUACGGGGGUUCCGAUCAAAAACCCUCCAGGAUAUGCACAAAACCCAUGCCGUGAUUCGCACAGGACCCAAUUCUCUCUCGUAUGGAGACCUCGGCGCAAUCAAGGACAUAUACGGCCACGGUACGAAAUGCUUAAAGGGCGCCUUCUACGAAACCUUGGCGGGUACGCAUUUCCACCUUGCUGAUGUAGUAGACAAGACGGAACACAGCCGCAAGCGCAGAGCUCUAGCAGCGGCAUACGCCAUAAAGAAUCUGGAGAACUGGGAACACAAAGUGGCAGACAAGGUGGAAAGGUUCAUCAAGGCGGUCGAUGGUGCUUGCACGGAGCCCAUGAAACCCGGGUUGUCCAGACCUGACCCUGCCGAUCUUACUUUCGAUUAUCGGAAAUAUACAAACUUCUUCACGGUCGAUGCAAUUGCAGAUAUUGGACUCAGUGAACGUCUUGGAUUUCUGGAUGCUGGCGAUGAUCUCACCGAAGCGGAGCGAAUGGAUGGGUCAGUUUAUCAUGUCAACUUUCGUCAGUGCCUCCAUUCCACUGCUCGGGCUCAGUCGUGUCUUGCCUGGAUGGAAAGAUGGUAUGGCUUCGCCUGCAAAGCAUCCAAGCUGCUGUCCAAAGAUUUCUCCCGGUGGUGGUACUUGAACGAAGGGUGGAACGACCUAGUGUACCGCCGCGCGACGAAACGACUCCAGCGGUAUCGAGCCGGUGAGAAACUCGCCGACUUUUUCCAGUCUCUCAUGGACCACAGUGAGACCAAUCCCCUUGAAUGGGGAGAAAUCGUCGCCGAGGUGUCCAUCAUGAUGAAUGCAGGAUCUGACACGACUGCCAUUGCGAUGAACAACGCCAUGUACUGGCUACUCAAGAACCCCAGUUGCCUCGACAAGCUCAGAGAAGAAGUCGACUCGGUGUUGUCCGAAGACGAAAUAAUCGCUCCAUAUGAGAAGGUAAAGCAUCUGCCCUAUCUGCGGGCAUGUCUAGAUGAAGCUCUCCGGAUAACACCACCUACAACUUUUGGCCUGCCGCGGCGGACCCCCCCGGAGGGUUCAGUAAUAUUAGGCGACUUCAUCCCCGGAGACACGACUGUUUCCAUAUCUGCGUAUGUCGCUCACAGAGACGAGAAGAUCUUCCCUGAUCCUGAAAGCUACAACCCCGAUCGUUGGUUGGGAGAUGGCGGCAAGGCUCUGCAACCGCAUUUUAUAUCAUUCAGUGCUGGGGCACGAGGAUGCAUCGGGCGGAAUAUCAGCUAUUUGGAACAGACUGUAUUGUUGGCGAGUGUGGUUCACAGGUAUAACAUGGCUCUUCCAUCGUCGGAAUGGGAGCAGGAUAGACUGGAGGCGUUUAAUCUUAUGCCUGGUCCGAUGCCAAUUAAGAUUUGGCGACGACAGCGAGAGAGUUGCACUUAA